AGUACAUGAGCUGUAUAGUAGCGAGAGCAGCGCAAGCCUUACACACUGUAUAUCGCCUGCUGAGCCCAGGGCCGCAUACACUCGCUGCUCUACAGAAGGGGUGUGUGUGUGUAUGUAAAAGCUCUGUCACUCGUUCCAUGCCGCUGUCCCCGGCCAUACCAUCAUUAGCACCCCCCCAUAGCAUCAUUAGCACUCUGGACUAUUUCCCCUCAAAGUUGGCUCCUGCCCCAGCAGCCGCCUUGGAUCCGUCAGCUUACUGUGAGACUCCGGUGUACAACCCGGAUCUCUGCCCGAACAUGGUGGCGGCCCAGGCCAAGCUGGUGUAUCACCUGAACAAGUAUUACAGUGAGAAGUGCCAGGCGCGCAAGGCCGCCAUCUCCAAGAGCAUCCGCGAGGUGUGCAAGGUGGUGUCGGACGUGCUGAAGGAGGUGGAGGUGCAGGAGCCGCGCUUCAUCAGUUCCCUCAAUGAGAUGGACAAUCGCUACGAGGGGCUGGAGGUGAUCUCCCCCACUGAGUUCGAGGUGGUGCUUUACCUCAACCAGAUGGGAGUCUUCAACUUCGUGGACGACGGUUCCCUGCCGGGCUGUGCGGUGCUGAAGCUGAGCGACGGCCGGAAGCGGAGUAUGUCCCUGUGGGUGGAAUUCAUCACCGCCUCCGGUUACCUGUCAGCCCGCAAGAUCCGCUCCCGUUUCCAGACUCUGGUGGCGCAGGCGGUGGACAAGUGCAGCUACCGGGACGUGGUGAAGAUGGUGGCGGACACGAGCGAGGUGAAGCUGCGCAUCAGGGAGCGCUAUGUGGUACAGAUCACCCCCGCCUUCAAGUGCACCGGCAUCUGGCCCCGCAGCGCUGCCCACUGGCCCCUGCCCCACAUCCCCUGGCCCGGGCCUAACAGGGUGGCGGAAGUCAAGGCCGAGGGCUUCAACCUGCUCUCCAAGGACUGUCACACGCUGGCGGGGAAGCAGAGCUCGGCCGAGAGUGACGCCUGGGUGCUGCAGUUCGCCGAGGCCGAGAAUCGCCUGCAACUGGGCGGCUGUAGGAAGAAAUGUCUGUCCUUGCUCAAAACCCUGCGCGACCGACACCUGGAGCUGCCCGGACAGCCGCUCAAUAACUAUCACAUGAAGUCCCUGGUGUCCUACGAGUGCGAGAAGCAUCCCAGGGAGUCGGACUGGGACGAGUCGUGUCUGGGGGACCGGCUGAAUGGCAUGUUACUGCAGCUCAUCUCCUGCCUCCAGUGCCGCCGCUGCCCGCACUACUUUCUGCCCAACCUCGACCUCUUCCAGGGGAAACCCCACUCCUCCCUGGAGAACGCGGCCAAGCAGACCUGGAGGCUGGCACGGGAGAUCCUCACCAACCCCAAGAGCCUGGAAAAACUCUGAGACCCAUCCGAGCUGCCUGGGCUACAAACUGCCACCGCGCAUGGAUCUAUACUCACUGCCAACCUGCUGCCCUCCAACUGCCAUUCAACUGCAAAGCCCCCCAUUCCCGGAUGUGGCAAUUUACCUGUCUAGGGGAGUUGUAGUUGUACAGCAGCCGGCGGGCACAAGGCUGGGUCUCGUUACACUCUGAUGGAUACAAACACCCAUCCUCGAUAUAAGGAAAAUCCUCAUUGCUCUAAACACAAACUCAUUUUUUUUUUAAUAUAAAUUAUUUAAAGAACUGGGUCGUUGGGGAGAACAAAAAAAACUCUGUUUAAUGUGCACUCGGCCUGUUAGAAUAAAAAUAUAUCAAUACAAAUCAUUUCAAGGAAAAACAUUCACCUUUGGGGAUUUUACAUCAAAACCCAAAUUCAGAUCUUGCCAACUGAACAAGAAUUUGUUGUUUUUUUGUAAGAACGUUUUUUUUAAAAAAUAUUCUUGACUCACUUUGUCUUGAAAUUGUGGAUUGUUCUGUGAUUGGUAUAAAGAAAUGCGAUUUCCACGGUGGCUCCCACAGGACAGAUUCUGCUAUGGAGAAACCAUUUCAAAGGUAGUUUUUUUUUUUGGUUUCAAGAUACUGGUCUGAAAAAGUGUCAGAACUUUGAAGUUUACAUUUUUUUUUCCGUUCUACUCCCAACAUUCCAUAAAUAUACUUGAAAUGUUAUUUAAAUAUAUUCAAAGGAAAAACAUUUUGAAUUUUGCUGAUAUGAUGGCGCUUGGAUAUUCCAAUUCUAUAUUUGAAAAUGCACUUGAACUACACUGGAUAAAGACUUUUCGUGAUUUUAAAUUUUAAAAUCGUUGACAAUUUAAUUUAAUGACGAUCUAAAUAAAUAACAUCAAAAUAAA